AUGGCCUUCUUCAACUUAUGUCUACUGGGAUAUCAAAAUUCCUUUCGGAACAAAAAAAGGAACACAACUGAAGAAACAAACCAGAAGGAACCAGUGACCACUAGGCUUCCCCCCAUUAACUCAGAAAAUGGAAAUUAUUCUGUGCACCAGAAUAGCCACACAAGGUACCAUGAAGCUGUGCGGAAGGUAUUGUUAAAGACAUUCCCCAACCAGGUCUUCAGAGUCCCCUUGACUGAUGCCCAGAACUUCAGCUUCUGGCGGUCCCAUGAUCCAGGAGUGCGCCCCGAGGAAACCAUGCCAUGGAUCCAGCACCCCCACCACUGUUUCAUCAAAAGCCCAAUGACCAGGUUUAUGGAUCACUCUAUUCUCAAUGACAGAAACUUCAGUCUAUAUUGA